AUGGAGUGCUUACGUGCAGAGCUCGGCCAUCAUGCGCCCACCUCUGCACCUCAGCAUCUCCGUCUGCAUGCCAGUUUGAAGUCAAGAGAGCCCGAAACACUCGACGACUCUCUCUUCUGGAAGCGGGCAACAUCCCCAACCUCCGAAACAGAGACGGACGACCUUAGUCGAUCAUCACUGUCUAGCUUUGAACGGAGUUCGAGCGACGAAACAUUGGAGCACGAGCAGCACGAGCUGGAGUCCGUCAGGGAAGUUGUGCAUCUCUCAAAAGCACGGGCGCUGGCUUUGCAGAAGGAGCUUUUGGCUGCUUUCUCAGCUCCAAGCUUUCAGAAGUGCUUUUCCGAACUUGUUCGGGGCAAGAAGCGCGUGCUGUACGAGCAGCUUGUCUCCAAGCAGCAACUGGAGCUGAUUGGAAAGUACGGCUUCGAAGUGUCGAGUGCGGGGUUGAUGGACAUGCAGCAAGCCCUGAAGAAGUUCUCGGACGAUCCGGACAUCCUAGUGAACGACCUGGCCAUCGAAGAAGUGCUGGCUAUCGACAGGACCCACAUUAGCCAGAGCAACGAAGAGCAGAUCCAUGCAAAGCACAACCCAAAGCCCGUAACGUCCGUCAGCGUCUGCGAUUUGCUGCGUUCCCAGCUCGUCAGCUUCGGCUAUGCGCCCUUCCAAUCUUCCAUACAGCAGUUGAAGGACACGGUGGACAGCCGGCUGGGACGUCCCGACCCACAAGGGUACUACCAUCUACCGGGACGGGCAGAACUGGCUCUCCAGGUCCAGAAGGAAAUCUUGCCCAGCUUUGGCUUCGAGGGAUCCAAGGUUGGCGUGCAGGACCCCUGUCCGCCACGUCAUGCUGCUCUGCCCUUCAACCUUCCCAUCGCAGACACAACCAGUAGCUUCUCAUGCGUUUGA